AUGUACAAACUAUUUGAGAAUGCAAAAGAAAUCGAGGAACCGCUACAAGGAAAAGUUACAGGGUGUCUGCCAGAGUGGCUUAGUGGAUCUUUGUACCGAAAUGGACCAGGAAUGUAUGAGGUCGGAGAAACACGGAUGCUUCACUGGUUUGACGGAAUGGCGUGUUUGCAGCGCUUCGAAAUUCACGACGGUAGCGCCACCUAUAUGCGGAAAUACAUACAAAGCGACACCUACCAUAAAAACCUUAGCAUGAACAGAAUCGUUAACACCGAAUUUGGUACUUACGCCGAGUAUGCCGAUCCGUGUAAGAAGAUCUACGAGAAGAUCAACACUUAUUACAUCCCUAAAACGGACAACACGCCGGUGACUGUAUGGCCACUUGGUGAACGAAUGUAUGUCAGUUCAGAAACACACGUGAGCAAUGAAAUCGACCCAGACACGCUAGAAACCAUCGGAAAGCUCGACAUCACUAAGACCUUGAAAUUAGAUGCAGCUGCCGCGCAUGCCCACUGGGAGACGGAUGGUACAGUACAUUUCAUUGGCUACACUUACACGGCUCAUCCUUGUUAUUGCCUGUACAAAAUACCAGGACGCCCAGGUGGCGCUAUGGACAUCAGUGACGCCCGCGUAACGUCAUCAAUCAAGUGUAAAUGGCCGCUGUUUCCAUCCUACUAUCACAGUUUUGCCAUGACAAAGAACUUCUAUGUUUUCAUAGAACAGCCGUUCGUACUAAACCUUUCCAAGGUUGCCAAGAUGGGGAAAAAUGAAAAAGCCAUUAUCGACUGUAUGGACUUCCGGCCUAUGAAUAAGACUGUGUUUCACAUCGUAGACAGACACACAGGACAAGAACUGAACACUAACUUCGCUUACCAGACAGAUCCAAUGUUCUUCUUCCAUCAUGCCAACAUGUAUCAGGAUGGCAGUAACCUCGUCCUUGACCUUUGCUCGUUCCGAGAUGCCCGUAUCAUGAAAUUAUUGUAUCUCAAAGAUCUGGAGAAAGAGUCAUUCCAGGACACGAAAUCUUGUGAAGAAAUCAAGACAUGCCGUCUCCGACGAUUUGUACUUCCUCUCGACGUUUCCAUGGAGUCACCAUUUAAUGAGAAUCUGGUGAACCAGCCAGGCUGUACAGCAACAGCCGUCAGGAAAACGGAGAAAAACAUUUUCCUGACCAGCCAACAGAUGUAUAACGAAGGAUUUGAGUUCCCCCAAAUUAACUACGCCAAAUUUAACGGGAAGAAAUACCGUUACCUGUAUGGCUACAGCGUAUUCAAGUCAGGACAACAGGCGCUUGUGAAGAUUGACAUGCAAACCAAAGAGACUAAAUCAUGGAGUGACGGAACAUGUCAUCCUUCAGAACCCAUCUUCGUUCCACGCCCAGGUGGAAAAGAAGAGGACGAUGGAGUGAUAUUGUCCGCCAUCAAUUCUAAUAUGGACGGUAAAUACGCCUAUCUAUUAGUUCUCGACGGCAGGACAUUCACAGAGCGUGCGCGAGUCGAGUUUCCCGAUAUCCGGUUUCUGCGGGACUUGCAUGGUCUUUUUAGACCCCAUUAAUGCUUGUCAAUGACGUCCGUUUAAAUGAUGUACCAGGAAGAACUGUUAUCCUGAUGUUUAGUUAUUAGAUAUGCCAUUUCCUAGUAAUUGAUCUCUGACUGCAUUCAAACCUCGCUAAUAUUCCAUAAUUAUCGACACAGCAUGUGUGAUGUACUUCGAGAUAAACAGUGAUUUUACCUCAG